GUGGGUAGGGUCAUGAAUUAACUGGGUCAGGUCCAUGGCUGUCAUGGAAGCCAUGAACUCCUGAGCCACCUCUGACGCCUCACCCACGGACGGCAGGUUGAAAUCCCCCAUGACCAUAAGCCUAGGGGUAUCAACCGCCACCGCGGCGAUGACGUUGAGUAGCUCAGGCAGGGCUGCUGCCACGUGGCAGGGAGCCAGGUACGUGAUCAGCAAACCCCUCUGAACCCCGUGACCCCAUUUCACAAGGAGGGAUUCACAGCCGGCCGUCUGAGGAACAGUGGCCUCCCUCGGUCUCAGGCCUUCUUUAAUGAUAACCGCUACCCCCCCGCCCCUCCCCUGUGACCUUGGCUGAUGGAAUGCGUGGAAACCUGGUGGUUACCUGACUGUGGCAAAAGUUUCAGUCAGAAUAGCUCCUUUGUGGUUCAUGGAAGCAACCACACAAGAGAGAAGCCAUAAAAAUGCUCCCAAUGCGGUAAACGUUUUAGUGAGCAUGGCAUGUGGUGAUACAUCAGAGGUCUCACAGCAGGGAGAAAACGUAUGACUGUGUAGAUUGUGUGAAAGUUUCAUUAGAAAUUCCCAGGUCAUGAGACACUAAAGGCCUCACACAUAGGAAAAAAACAUUUGAAUAUCCUUUCUGUGGGAAAAGUUUCAGUGAGAAUUCCAGUCUGGUUAACCCCCCGAACACUCUCACAGAAGUGAAACCCUUUGAAUGUCCUGACUGUCAUCAGGAAAUCAUUGUCACAAUUCCAUUCUGGUGAUACAUCAGUAGAUUGACUCCAGGGAGAAACUGUAUGAGUGUCUAAAUUGUGGGAAAAGCUUCAUUAUCCAUCUCAUGAGACACAGAGAACUCACAUAGAAGAUAAACCCUUUGAAUGUCUGAUUAUGGGAAAACUUUUAGUCAGAAUUCCAGUCUGAUGAUACACCAGAGGACUCACAUAGGAGAAAAAAUGCUUUGAAGGUUUUGAUUGUGGGAAAACUUUCAGUUAUAAUUCCAAUUUGGUGACAUACUACAGGAACCACAAAGGAGAAAACCCAUUUCAAUGUCCUAACUGUGGGAAUAGUUCCAGUCAUAAUUCCAUCCUGGAAUUAUAACAAUUAUAAUCAAUAAGAGGAUUCACUCCAUGGAGAAACCCUAUGAGUGUCGAGAAUGUGGGAAAGGUUUCAUUACAAAUUACCACCUCAUGCGACACCAGAGGACUCACACAGGAGAGAAACCCUUUGAAUGUCCUGACUGUGGGAAAGAUUUCAGUCAGAAUUCCAGCUUGGUGAAACACCAGAGAACUCACACAGGAGAGAAACCCUUUGAAUGUUGUAUCUGUGGGAAACAUUUUAGUGAUAAUUCCAGCCUGGUGAAACACCAGAGGACUCACACAGGAGAGAAACCCUUUGAAUGUCUUGAUUGUGGGAAAUGUUUCAGUCACAAUUCCAAUCUGGUGUUAUACCAGAGGAGUCACACAGGAGAGAAACCCUUUGAAUGUUGUAUCUGUGGAAAACGUUUUAGUGAUAAUUCCAACUUGGUGAAACACCAGAGAACUCACACAGGAGAGAAACCCUUUGAAUGUUGUAUCUGUGGGAAAUGUUUUAGUGAUAAUUCCAGCCUGGUGAAACACCAGAGAACUCACACAGGAGAGAAACCCUUUGAAUGUUGUAUCUGUGGGAAACGUUUUAGUGAUAAUUCCAGCCUGGUGAAACACCAGAGGACUCACACAGGAGAGAAACCCUUUGAAUGUCUUAUCUGUGGGAAACGUUUUAGUGAUAAUUCCAACUUGGUGAAACACCAGAGAACUCACACAGGAGAAAAACCCUUUGAAUGUCCUGAUUGUGGGAAACGUUUCAUUGGAAAUUCCCACUUCAUGAUACACCAGAGGACUCAUACAGGACAGAAACCCUUUGAAUGUCCUGACUGUGGGAAAGGUUUCAGUCAGAAUUCCAGCCUGGUGAUACACCAGAGGACUCACACAGGAGAGAAACCCUUUGAAUGUCUUAUCUGUGGGAAAGGUUUUAGUGAUAAUUCCAACUUGGUGAAACACCAGAGGACUCACACAGGAGAAAAACCCUUUGAAUGUCCUGAUUGUGGGAAACAUUUCAUUAGAAAUUCCCAAUUCAUGAUACACCAGAGGACUCACACAGGAGAGAAACCCUUUGAACGUCUUAUCGGUGGGAAACGUUUUAGUGAUAAUUCCAGCUUGGUGAAACACCAGAAAACUCACACAGGAGAGAAACCCUUUGAAUGUUGUAUCUGUGGGAAAAGUUUUAGUGAUAAUUCCAGCCUGGUGAAACACCAGAGGACUCACACAGGAGAAAAACCCUUUGAAUGUCCUGAUUGUGGGAAAAGGGUCCGUAACAAUUCCAGCCUGGUGAAACACCAGAAGACUCACACAGGAGAGAAACCAUUUGAAUGUCCAGAUUGUGUGAAAAGUUUCCUUUGGAAUUCUGAGCUGGUGAUACACCAGAGGACUCACACAGGGGAGAAACCCUUUGAAUGUCUUAUCUGUGGGAAAGGUUUUAGUGAUAAUUCCAACUUGGUGAAACACCAGAGGACUCACACAGGAGAAAAACCCUUUGAAUGUCCUGAUUGUGGGAAACAUUUCAUUAGAAAUUCCCACCUGGUGAAACACCAGAAGACUCACACAGGAGAGAAACCAUUUGAAUGUCCAGAUUGUGUGAAAAGUUUCCUUUGGAAUUCUGAGCUGGUGAUACACCAGAGGACUCACACAGGGGAGAAACCGUUUGAAUGUCCUGAUUGUGGGAAAAGUUUCAGUCACAAUUCCAAGCUGGUGAAACACCAGAGAACUCACACAGGAGAGAAACCAUUUGAAUGUCCUGAUUGUGGGAAAAGGUUCAGUCACAAUUCCAGCCUGGUGAUACACCAGAGGACUCACACAGGAGAGAAACCAUUUGAAUGUCCUGAUUGCGGGAAAAGUUUCAGUCACAAUUCCAGCCUGGUGACACACCAGAGGACUCACACAGGAGAGAAACCAUUUGAAUGUCCUGAUUGUGAGAAAAGUUUCAGUCACAAUUCCAAUCUGGUGGCACACCAGAAGACUCACACAGGAGAGAAACCAUUUGAAUGUCCAGAUUGUGUGAAAAGUUUCCUUUGGAAUUCUGAGCUGGUGAUACACCAGAGGACUCACACAGGAGAGAAACCGUUUGAAUGUCCUGAUUGUGGGAAAAGUUUCAGUCACAAUUCCAGCCUGGUGAUACACCAGAGGACUCACACAGGAGAGAAACCAUUUGAAUGUCCUGAUUGCGGGAAAAGUUUCAGUCACAAUUCCAGCCUGGUGACACACCAGAGGACUCACACAGGAGAGAAACCAUUUGAAUGUCCUGAUUGUGAGAAAAGUUUCAGUCACAAUUCCAAUCUGGUGGCACACCAGAAGACUCACACAGGAGAGAAACCAUUUGAAUGUCCUGAUUGUGGGAAAAGUUUCCUUUGGAAUUCUGAGCUGGUGAGACACCAGAGGACUCACACAGGAGAGAAACCUUACGAGUGCCCAGACUGUGGGAAAGAUUUCAAUACUAAGACUAGCCUUUUAAAUCAUGUGCUUAUACACACGGGAGAAACCAUUUAAGUGCCCCAAGAGUGGACGGUGCUGCAGGAAACAUUCCACCCUUAUUGCAGACAAGAAAAUGCACAUGGAUUUUCCAAAGUGAUGAGUAAUGAUCUAAAGCAGUGGUUCCCAAAGUUAGCGGUACCAAAGUGGUAGCAGUGGGAUGACUUAGGGGGACAGUAAGAGUCAUGGGGGGCAGCAGGGGGCCGCUAAGUGGCAAGGUGGCUGGCCCCCAUCCUUUGGCCUGUGCCUCGCAGCAGUUACCUCCUUGCAAGCAAACAGCAAGAAAAAACAGCUGCUUUCAGCUUCAGCAUAUUAAUUGCAUAUUAAUUGCAUUAAUAAUUGCAUAUUAUUAAUUAGCACAAGUUGAUUAGAUUGGCCUCCCGAUUCUCUCAGCUGUUUUGCGCAGGGCUCUGCUGCUUGCUGCAAAGAAUGUUGGAGCAGAUUUUUUUUCCCCUUGUUCUUAUCAAGCUAUGCUGAAAACAAAACAAAGUAAAGCAGGCUGUUUGCUGUUUGCUGCAAGGAAAAAUGAGGCAGAGGCAGAGGGAAUUUCUUUUUCUUCUUUUUCCUCACUAAAAAAGGCAGGUGCAAACAAUGGGAAAUAUAGGGCAAAAGAGGAGAGUUCAAGAUUUUAAAACAUAAAAGAAAAAAAGGAGAAAGAAAAAGGCAAAAAUAAAAAUUGGAAGGGAGAAAAAGAAAUGAAAGGGAAAGAUGUUAUACAUAUUUAGAAUUGAAAUAUGAAUAGUAGUAAGAAAUAAAUGGGAAAUCAUGAUUGUAAAAAUGAAAUGAAUAAUAAUUGGAAUAUUUGUAUUUUUGAAAUCUAGACAAUGAUAAGUUUUUCUUUUUUUCUUUUUUUUAGAAAUAUGAAUAAGUAUAAACUGUAACAAUUGAAAUACCUUUAAUGGUAUAUGGUGCUGAAAGUAAAAAGGAUUAAGUUGUAGCUUGGAUAA